AUGGAGGAUGAUGAUGACGAUAUCCAAGUUGUCUACGAGAAUUGCAACAAUGCAGCACGGAAAACAGCGCAGGAAAAAUUGAGAGACCUUUGCAAAAAGGUCGAUCAUGCGGCAGGAAACUGUAGCACGUGCGUUCAAAGUGGCAUCAGUGGUCAGACCAGUGGAGGAACAAACCAAAUGUGCCAAGGUAACGGGCAGUCGACAGACUCCUGUACUUCUAGCUCAGCAUCGGGAAGCGAUGUUGCCACCAGUUCAGGCACAGAAGCGCCGCCACUCGCUGUGAAGAUGGAACUAAUCGAUAUCAUCAAUGGAGAGGAAGAUUCAUCAUCGGUUGAGUUGCUUCAGGAUGACAGUGACUCGACAAUUUCUAUUGACUUGGAGGCUCGCUAUAAAGAUCCGACGCCUCGUGUUGAACCUGCGAAAUUGAGAACGCUUUUUUCAAGCAGAGAAGAUUUAAGCGAUUCCGACGAGGAGGAUUAUGCAACCGCACAGAGUCGGAACUCGACGAUUCCUGAGAGUGCUUCUUCUGAAAGAAACCAGGAUGGUGGUCGGACGUCUACUUCUGCCGGUGCUCCUCAGAAAGCUGGUGCUAGGAAGUCCCCGUCGACACCUGCCAAAGAAGUCUGGCGGGAAGCUUAUCGAUCACCAAUGAGUACUUGUUCAGCGGAUAGUGAAUACUCGGCUCAGCUCCCUUUUUUCAUGGGAGCGUAUAGUACGAGAAGCGUUGCGAGCAGUUUUGUUAGAGAUGUUGAUCGAAUGCGUAUUGUGGAUGAAUCCAGAUCUCGGAGCCGGACUCCACAACCGAUCUCGCGUGACGAGGUUUCGUCUACCUCGGAUCUCAAUAAACAGGUGUCUGGCGUGGAAGACGAACUGGCUAUGGCAGCAAGAUGGGCCGAGGACCACGACUUGAGGAUUUACGAUGGCGAUGAGUUUCUAGAGUGCGAAGAUGAAGAGCCUCCUAGUAGUGAACAACCCGAACAAACUGAGAAGAGGAUACAAAAAGAAACUACUAAAAGAAAGACUGAGAGCUCGAACAAGUAUCGUUGCAAACACCACAAAAGGACUACAUCUGUACCUAAAACAUCUGAGAAGGAAAAAGUGGAUCGCAGAAAUGCCUCCAAGCCGGAUUUGUCCUCUAGAAGAUCAACGGAAAAUGUCCGCAAGAGGAAUAGCUCGCCGGUUCUACGCCGGCGUUCGUCUUCUCGUGGCCAGGAACGAAAACGCUUCGCUUCUGAUAGGAGUAAUGAGAAAAGAAAAGAAAAGAGGCAGCCGCAUGGCCGGGAACCGUCGCCUCGAUCUAAUCACAUACGAACUUCUGCGGUUCCGAAGCUAUCUGCGAGUUCUGCUGCAAAGGCUCACAAUCUCCCUCGAUAUAUGCCUGUUGAGCGCAGAUAUGAUUUCAAUCGAUGGAUUGACUCAAGUGGAGAACUUGUGCUUCACAAAGUUAAAGAUGUAGCUACUGGGUUGGUGUCGGCCCCACUAGGCUGCACAUAUGACUCGGCCUUGGAUACUUUUGUGUUCACUCGUCAGGAUGCAAUCUUGUUUUCAACUAGUGAUGGACGGUUGUUGGACAAUCUUACGUUGAGAGGGUUCGACCAGCCGUGUGCCAUUUGCAUCCUUCGGCCGGGUGCUGCAAUGGGAAUCCUUGAUCGGUCAAACUUGUAUCUCUAUGAACCGAAAUUGAAGCGUCUAAGUAUCCUAGCCACCUUAACAUAUACAUGUAACGGUGAUUUGAUAACGGUGAAGAAAGUCGGAACACAGCUGUCUGCUACGAUUUUCGAUGCUACUGAGUAUAAUAGGAUUAUUGGAAGUUUCGUUUUUCCACCAUCGGAUAACUUAUCGGUAAUUCAUGAACGUCAACCAUGUUUCGCCGAUAGUACAAAGAGCCAGAUUUUCUUCACUGAUCUAAGAACUAAUACCCUCACAUGUAUGGAGAUGGUAGGAAAUCGCCUAGAAAAGGUCUACAGUCGGUGUAUGCAGCAGCUGCCUGCCCAUCGUGGAGAGGAAGCCCUUAAACGAUUUGUCUUUAUGAGCGGUAUACGGUGUGACGAUUCCGGACAUCUGCUAAUAGCUGACGCCAAAACUUACACGCUGAAGUUGUUUACGACCUCUGGCCAAAUGCUGAAGUGCGCUCGCAUUGCCAAUGGUGCUAGCUUUCCGUAUUGUUCGGCAUUCGGUGUGUCACCAUCUGGAAUGCUCAUGGCGUGUGACCGAGCCAACAGCCGAAUGGUUUUGUUCCGUUUCGGGGAGGAGUCUGUAUCUGAAGAUGCAGUCAUCACCGACGAUGUAUUUGAUCGAAUGAUGGGCGAAAGCGGUGUUGAGAACGAAGUACGACGAUUGAAGGAAAGAGCUCGAAGGCGUGUAUGA